AUGUCGGGAUUUUCUUCAUUUCUGUUUCAUCUGCUGCCGAUUGCCCAUUCUUGUUGGCCCUAUCCCUCAACUGACCUCCAGACUGCCGCGGCACUCGACCAAGGCCUGAGUCGGCAGCAGAUCGCCGCUUCGUUCGAGCCACUCAUCUGCCGUCCGACCGCCGACCGUCCGCUGCUUCGCGAGGACACCGAUCUCACUCUGGCCGGUACCAUUGACGUC